AUGCCUCGCAAUGAAUCUGGUUCUUCGCCUAGGAAGAGAGCCGCUGCCACAGACCUGCAUGAGAGACUUAGUAAAGACGAACUUAUUAAACGACUCAAGGUGAGUGUAGGUAACCUUAGGAAUGACUAAAAUGAGCGGCAAGCGUAUACACCGCGACACACAGGUGAAUUUUGUGGGAGAUUGCGGGUUUAUAAAUAUUUGUUUUGAUACAAGAUAUGAGAAUACCGUAAACGAACGAAACGAGACUGGUUGAUUUGAAUCGUGCAGCUUCAAGAAGCAUCUAAGUAAAACAAUUAAUCGUAAUUGAUAUUUUUAGCUAAUCGACUGCGAGAACUCCUCAUUUUCGUUCAAAAAAUCGUCCUCACACGGGUGAUCAGGCAAAUUGGACUAAAUUAAAUUUAUUAUUGACUUUUGUUUUCGAUACAGUAAAUCUUGCAAUGGCCUGAUUAAGACAAACUUAAAAUGAUCGAUUUAUUAGCUUCACAUGAGCUGUAAAUAGGCAGAUUCUAAAUUCUCUCAUUAUGAAGCUCAUUGGAUAGUCAUACCCCUUGUUUUGUUAAGGUGUUAAACUUGAGUAUGAAAACUUAGUGGAAUUAUUAAUCUGCCACUGACUGGAAAAACGGUUUAACUGAUGCUUAAGGAAAAGAAAGGAAAAUGGAUGUUCAUAUAUAUAUUACUAAUUUGAUUUAUUUGAUAGAAUCUAGCUCAUGAACUGUCUAAUGCAGAUCAGACAGAUCGAGCAGAAAAAUAUGGGACAGUUGCACAGUCUCUUGUCAGCCCAUUCAUUCUAAAACACAGAGAUAAAGAUGUCAAGGCACAUGCUGCAUGUUGCCUUGCUGACAUCCUUAGGAUCCAUGCUCCAGAGGCUCCCUAUGAUGAAGAACAAUUAAAGGUAAUAAAGCCUUUUAUGAAAUAACUUGAGACAUUGUGAGGGCCCUGAUUGGUCAAAGAGCUAUUGUUAAUUGCACUGGUAAACUUCGGGGAAAAUAAAGUUGAUUUUAUAAAAGCAUCAGCCCCACUUUUUAUUAGUUUACUUUUGUAAUAAGUGACUUGGGAUAUUGGGAGAACUCUUAAAAAAUUUGCAAAUCAUUUGCUUCAAGCUCAUGAUUAAAAACUGUUCUCAACAUCUUGCACUUAUUAUUAUGCCAGUAAUUCAACCAAUAGAAAGAGGGCUCUAAAUAGUCAGCAAGCAAAUUCUCCUCUGUUGUCUUGAUACAUAUCCUUAUAAAAGUUUGUUUCAAGUUUCAAUAUUUGCAGAUUUAGCACAGAUGUAAUGAUAAAGAUAGCAAAAAAAAAAUUGAUCCACAAAAAUGAGUUCCAGCAGAGAAAAAUCCCACAAAAUAAAACUAGUUCCUUGCAGACAUUUUUACCAUCUGAAAGCAAGAGAAUUUGUCCCUUCAAACUUAAGUGCAAGAUAGUCUCCCAUGAUAUUUACCUAUUGACUGGAUGCAAAAAUAUUUGAUUCAAGGUCAUGAAUUACAGACUGAGCACAGUGAGAUCUGUACAUUAUGAAUAAGAACUAACUAUUCUCCCCUCUGGCCUGGUAUAACUACAAGGUGUUGAAAUUUUCAAAAGCUUUGUUUCAACUGACUUGUAAAUAGGAUGUGAUUGACAAGGGCACUCAUGGAAUAACCACAAAAAAGAUUCUAUAGUGAAAACUGCUAUAAAUUUUUUUUUUCAAGCCAGGAUGAGAAACUCAUAAUUCCUAUUUCUGUUUCCUUUAAGUUCAUAUUAAACAAUUUUUUUUGGCAACAAAGUUGUGUAAGGGCCUACAACCUGCUCUGCCUUACACAUGUCAGCUUUUAUCAUGAUUUUCUAUGGGAUUAUGUGAGUGGUGCUAGACAGGUUAGGUAAUAUAACACAGUGUUCAUGCAACUUUACUCCUAACCAACAACUGGUGCUUCUUAUUUCCAGGCAGUGUUUCUUAUGAUGACAAAUCAGUUAAAAGGCCUUGGAAAUACCAAAUCUAAUCUAUCCAAGAAAUCCUUCUAUCUUUUAGAGGUGUGUGGAUUAUAACAUUCUUUGUUGUAGUUUGUUCUUUUUUUAUAUUGGGAGUAAAUUUUGCACUAUUUCAUUCUGUUUUAGAGUUUAGCAUUGGUUAAGUCAUUCAAUAUUUGCCUUGAGCUGGACUUUCAAGAUAUUAUACUGCAGUUAUUCAAAGUGCUCUUCCAAGUUGUAAAGUGAGUAAAAUGUUUUCAGUGUAGACUUGUAUCUGUUUGUUAAUUCUCCUCUUCAGCUGCUUUGUGUUUCCAUGUAAAAAUAAGUUGAAAAGAUUUGGUGUUAGAUCAAGAUAACAAUGUCUACUUUUUAAGUUUGAUUUUUCUCAUUACCUGUUUGCUGGAUAACAUACAGAUACUGUGAGGAGAAAUUAAAUGUUCAUCAUUUCUGGGAGUUAAAGGUUUGAAUGGAAGUCGGGAAUAGGGAAGUUAGCAACCCAAAAUUAAUGGUCACGGCAUAUAGGGUUGAUAAUUGAUGACAGGAGUUUAACAGUUGCUUCAAUUUAUUCCUACUUAUUGUCAUUUUAACCCUGUUUUUAGUGAAAACCAUUCAAACAAAAUUCAGAAUUUUAUGCUGGAUGUGAUGUGUCCUAUUAUACAAGAAGGGGACUCAAUUCCUCAGGAGCUUCUUGACACAGUACUUGUCAACAUCAUUGAACCACAAAAGGUAAGCUCUAUUUCUGGUCAGUUUCUUCCCUUUUUUGACUUGUCAGAUUAGCAAUAAUUCUUUAAUAAAGUAAUUUAAUUUGAGUCAACUUCAUUGUAACAUAGUUAAAUGCAUUUGGACAUAAACUUAAUAGAUUUUUUUGUCUUUAUUUUAUUUAAUUUACUUUAAUUUUCUUAUUUGCAUUGGGAAAGUUUUAGAUAGUUAUUUUAUUUUGUCACUUUUGUAAUCAUUUGUUUUGUGUCUGAGAUUUAUUUGAAUGGUUUAGGUGAGAACUGUUAAGAGUAUUAUCCAUGGUGCUGUGGGUUCCUUAAUUCACAUUUCUUGAAAUUUUUGCAAAUGAAUGAUUUCCAAUUUAAAAUACUUACUCUCCAUAGAUGAAAAUUCCAGCUUAAAAAAAAACUCUCUAACUUAACCUGGCCUUUAACUCCCAAAAGUGAUCGACGUGAAACUUCUUCCUAUAAUAUCCUUACAUUAUCCAGCAAACAAGUUAUGAGAAUACUCAAAAUUAUCAGAUAAAAGUUUUAUCCUGAUCCAACAUUAUAUUCUCAUAACUAAUUUACAAGGAAAUGUGUAGCAGCUAGAAGGGAGAAUCAACAAUCAGAUUUUGGGAGUUAAAGGGUUUACCAAAAAUUUAUCGUUCAGGUUAUGUUAUUAUUAGUUUUUUAACUAUUAACUAAUUACUCAUAGCUAUAACUAUAUUAUAGCUAAUAUAGCUAAUUAUUAAUUAAUUAUUAAUAAUUAUUAAUUAAUUAUUAAUAAUUAUAACUAAUUAAAAUUGAUUAUGAUUUGAUAAGUACUCUUUAUUUAUCUCCAGAGUGAAAACGUUGUGGCAUAUAAACUUACCUGUGAGUUCAUCAAGAGAACUUCAUCUUCUUUAGAGCCAUACUUGCAAAUGGUGAGAGGGUGUUGAUUUUAUUAAUAAUACUAAAGUACAUUGUGGUGCUCUUGAGCAAGAUUUGAACAGAGCCUUAAUGGUCUCUAUUAAUUAAGGAUCCUAAGAAAGGCAGAGAUUGGGAUACAGAUGUUAAUUGUAAAAAGGUUUUAAAAGAAACCUCUUUGAAGUUUUUCUGUGGAUGUGUCACAUUUAAUCCUUUAAUCCCUAAUAGUGAUCAGCAUCUAUUUUGUCCUUAUGGCAUCACCCCUGGACCAAACAUCAAGGUCAUGAGAAUUAAGGAAGCAAUCAUAAACUGAAGAAGCUCCUAACAGUUAAAUGACUCCUCCUUUUUGGUACCAUAUGAGAUGUUUAGAAGAAUGUAUAGGGAAUUUUAACCCUCAGAAGAUGUGAUUUCCAAUCCACCAGUUUUUGUAGGUAGUGUUUGGAUGUAUUCCUUGGAGGUGGUUGAUGGUGGAUAGUUGGGGGGGGGGACAGGGGGCAGGGGGGGGUGUAGAUGACAGAAGAGGAAAGAGCAGUGACACAGAAGCUUAUUAAGGCACUGAGCAGGAGAGAGUUAUACAAUGCAAGCAUUCAAGAGAGUCAUCAAUCUAUUAAUUAAUAGGUUAAACGAAUGAACCUUUUUAAUAAUCAGGCCCACAUUUCUUUUUAAGUUUUUCAACAGCAGUCUAGCUCUGGGUAAGACAGCAGACAGUAUUUUAGCAGAAAACAUUUAUGACCUUAUUUUGGAGUUGAACAGAAUUUGUCCAAGUGUUCUGCUCUCAGUGGUUCCUCAGCUGGAGUUUAAAUUGAAGGUAAUUUCUUUGUUUGUAAUCUGUUACUGUUUGAGAAGUCUGUAAGUAGUUAUUAGGUUGCUUGUCUGGUCAGAUAUGGAAAUUAGUCAUGUGCUUGUACUUCUCACUGAAAUUAAGCCCUAUUGGCUGAGGUUACUAUUUGGAUGGGUGACUUCACAUAAUAUCCUGUCUUGUUGACUGGCGAUUUCAUUCCUCUACUUUGAAGAGUCAGAAUUAAAUUUAUUUUUUUCCAUGUAAAACUUAAGUGAUUGUAGAUGAUGACCUGUACGUCCCACGUUGAUGCCUUCAGGCAUCUUGUUUCUUGUAGUUUUAGUGACUCCCUUUGUAAUUCUUGCUUCAAUGAGUUUAGUAAUAGAUGGUUUGGAGCUAUUUUGAAGACCAUUUUCUUUGGAGGCUACAAGGAAAAUUGGAGUUAAGUCAAAAUGGCCCUAGAUUUGGCCAAAGGUGCUUACACCCACAGUCUUAAUGUCCUGUAGAUUGGUACAUUUUGAAGAAAGUAGUUUUUUCUACAUAACAAAAUCCUAGGAUUCAGCAAAAUGCUUGAUUUUAACAUUUUUUAAUGAUACAAAGCUAACAUAAUUUGUCUGGUUUUGCCUAAGCAGUACUUGCAGUAAUUGCAUUUCGGGGUGAAAUCUUUUUUGCAGAGUGAGGAUGUGGAAGAGAGAUUGUCAGUGACUGAAUUACUUGGCCAGAUGUUUUCUGAGCAGGACUCUGAACUAGCAACUCAAAAUAAAGCUUUGUGGAACUCCUACUUGGGAAGGUGAAAUUGCUGAUUUUAGCUUCUAGUGGUCAGGAGGAAAAACAUUUGAUCCAAUCUAAAUUAUAGUUACACAUGACAGGUUGCUCAGGAGUGACCUGGGUUGGACUAGUUUUCCCCCUUGAGGGUGAUGUAGGGAUAGCUAUAUGUAACAAUGUUACUAUGAGAGUUCAUAACACUCCUGGAAAACCUGGGAAGUCCUGGAAUUUUAUUUUGACAUUUUUUAGGACUGGAAAUAUGCUUAACACAAGCAAUAAAGUUUUUAGAAUUUAUGUUAAAAGAAAUGUAUGUAGACUGUGGGGAGAAUUUAUUUAAAAAUCCUAGGAAUGGAAGGAUUUAAGGUGAAAUUUGGAGUCUUGGAAAAGUCAAUCUGAGUCUUGGAAAAGUCUUUGAAAUUUGUUUCUAGAAAAGAGUAGAAAAACAUGGUGUGAGCAUAUUUUUGCUUGAAAGGUCAUUGGACAUGUUUCUUUUUAAAUGUUCAUUUUUAGAUUUGUGGAUAUUAGUGUGGAUGUGCGUGUAGAAUGUAUAAAAAGAUGCAAGGAAUUUUUGAAAAAUCACCCAGACUUGGUCGCAGAUAUAAGUGGUGAGUUUGAAAACAUUCUUGAGACUUCAUUUUGUGAUCAUUGUGUUCAUUCUACCAGCACUCUUUAAGUGUUAAUGUUUUGGUUGCUAUGACAAGAAGAAAACCUUUUGGUGACUGAAUUUGUGGCAAAGGUCCACAAUUUGGUGACCUGCGUUUGGCAGUUAUGUAUCGUUUACUUAGGCGAGAUAACCAUUUGCAUUUAAUGUAAUGCAAUUUAUUGCAGUUAGUUUCCUUUAUUACAGCAUAAUUUAAUCAACAAAAAGAAAACUACAAUCUUACAAACUCAACUACUUUAUUAAACAACUUGUAAUAUUCUUUAUAGGGAACAAAUCCCAAAGGUGUUUCGUUUAGAAAAUACAGUUUAACAGUAUUUCUGUUGCAAUUCCAUGCAAACUCUGUCAAUUCAACAAAUUAAUUUUUAAAGGAGUUCAUGAUUUCUUUUCGCACUUUAGAUAAACUUCACGAAAGACAACGUGACCCUGAUGAGAGGGUUCGACAAGAAGUGGUCAUUACCAUCUGUGAUGCAGCUGCAGAAAAUAUCAGUGGUGUCUCUGAUCAGGUAAUACUCUCUUUGCAGAGAGAAGGUCUGAAGGAAAGAAAAGAAGCAGUGUUUUUAUUUAAUGAAAUCUUUUGUCCUGAGUAUGAUUGUGAAAUUAUCUGGUCAUUACUGAGUCAGAGUGUUGCUAAGGUACAUAAAGCAACUGGUGGAAGUGUAUUGGUAUAAAACAAAACUGUUUGUCAGCAAGUUCAGGCAAUAUUUAUGUGUCUAUUCUUUUUUUAUCAUUAUUUUCAUAGCUUCUCAAUGAUGUAUGUGAGAGAACAAGAGAUAAGAAGGUAAUUCCAUUUAUUCAGUUGCAAGGUUUUGAUUGCAGUGGCCAAGUGGUUUGCACCAAAUCCCUGACUGACUUACCAAGUGGUGAACUGACUGACUGGCUGCCUAACUGACUGACUGACUGACUUACUGACUUACUGACUGACAGAUGGAGUGAAUGACUGUUUGACUAAAUUAUUGACUGGCUGUCUAACUGACAGACUGACGGACUUACUGACAGACAGAUGGAGUGAAUGACUGUUUGACUGAAUGACUGACUGCCUGCCUAACCGAUAGACUGAUGGAGUAACUUACUGACUGACAUAUGGGGUGAAUGACUUUUUGACUGAAUGACAGACUGGUUGCCUAACUGACAGACAGACUGACUGAUAAACUGACAGUCUGGCUUACUGAUUGAUUGACUGACAGGCUGACAGAGUGACCGACUGACUCUUACACAGAUUCAGUGAUCAAUUUCCUGAUUGAUACACAUGUAGUCAUGGACUAAAAACAAGAAAAAGUUCACUAUGCAUGCUGCACUGUUUUGUUUAAGCUCUUUUUUUCCACUUCAUAUUCACGAUUAUUAACUUGUCUAUCUUUGUUGUUUCCUGAUUGAACUAGUGGCAUGUCAGGAGAGAAGCAAUGAUGUGUCUUGGAAAAUUAUACAAGAAAAUGACAACAGGGUCAGUUAUGGAAUAAUUGUUAAUUGCUUAACAUUUAAUAGCGAGUGUCUCUGUCUGGUUUUCAUGUCAAUAAGUUGUUUAUGAGCAUCUCAUUUGUCUCUAUCCUCAGGGCUACUGCAAACAGAACAGCAGCAAAGAAAUUAUCUUGGGUUCCAAGCAAGUUACUUCACUGCUAUUACCUUAACACUCCAGAAAACAGGUAAUAAAACUAUCUUAGAACAUGCAGGGAUAGAGAGUUUUUUGAUUGAGCAUAAUAAAACUAAAACCUAAGUAAUCACUAACCUAGCAUAUAAAAACAGCAGAGAUUGCCUGAAUCAUAGGAAAAAGCAAACUCUAGAGAUGUGAUUGGUUUCAGCUUUGUGUCUGAUGGUUUGUGAAGGUGGUGCAAGUUUUCAGACCAAAUCACAUCAUUUAGCAAAGAAAAACCAAAGCAAACCUGGUUUACUUCUAAUACUCAAACAAAAACUGCAUUAUUAGACAAGGAGAAGAGCAAUAAAUUAUGCCAGAUGAUUGCAUGUCUUACUUCAGCAAUGCUUUAGUCAAGGCUUUAUCAGGUUGGGAUAAAACAAACGAACAGGCAAAAAAAGAGUAAUGAACUGUGUGCUUUGUACAAUUUUCCAGGCCAAUUUCCACAGGUAAACUGCUUUGAAUAACUCAUUGCAAUGUUCUACAUUUUUGGAGCAGAAAAUGGUUGUUUUGAUGGUAUUAUCCAUUUUCCAUAAGGAGGGCUCUGGGUUUGUCAAAAUACUGAAAUAUUAUUAUUUCUUUUUUGUCACGUUGUAAAGACUUUGUGUGGAAAGGAUUCUGAUUGGAUGCUUGGUGCCAGUCAGCUUAGAAGCUGACCAAAAGAUGAAAAGAUUGCUGCAUAUUUAUUGCAAACUUGACGAAGCAGCAGUGAGGUAAAGUUUAUGUCUAUUGUAUCUCUUUUUAUCAAGUUACUUGCCCCCUCAUUCCCUUUUUGAUCCCAUCUCUUUCUUCUUCUUCGUCUUCUUUUUUUUUUAAUCUGUUUUGUUUUUUGACCUCUCCACUCCUUGUUCUUUCAUUUUCACCAUCUUUUCGCUCCUUUUCUUUCCCUCUGCUUGUUAUUUUCCUUAUAUUUGUAUGUGUGUUGGUUUGUCAAUCUUUUUGUCCCUUCCUCCAUCUGUGUAUUUGUGGCUUCCAGCCUUCCAUUGUUCCUCCUCUCUUGUGCCAAGUGAGCAGUAGUUGUCUUUUCCUUACUUAGCUACAUGCUGUUAAAUCUCAAUAUUUAUUUUUAAAAGCAGAACUAUUUACAGGCAGUUCUUUUCUCUCCUUUACUAUGUAGUGCUUUUCAUGGAAUUUUGACUUGUCAGCAGAGGUGAGCUAUAUUUUUUUAUGUUGUUCUAACGUUGAGCUCAUCGGUAUCUUUGUAGCUAAAACAGCUUUUGGAACACUACUAUAACAAAAUGAUACUUCCUUUAUUUUCAGGGUACGCACAGACAUAGCAGAUCUGAUUGAGUUAUCAACAGGAGAGAAGGUAAACUUUCUCAAUGACCUUUUGUUUUUUGUUAUUUUCUAUACUACUUUUAUUUUUCUUCACAAAGCGAUUUGGCCCUGUUAUUUAUUUGAAAAACGUUACUCAAGGCCUUUGAUUUCCAUGACCUAUUUGAACAAGGAACCACCUCCAACCCCUGGUACCUUACCACAUCCUUUUGUCCAGCACAAAGAUUAUGUCAUGCUUGGAUGAAGACCUUAUUACAGUCCUUAUUAGGGCAGCCCUCUACAGGUUAAAUGCUCUUACUCCGAGAAGUGAUCAAAAAGAAACUUCUAGCAAUAUUAAUAGAUUUUUAAGCAAAAAAGUGAUGAGAAGAUCAAGUUCUAUCAACUAAGGGUUUUUGUUUGAUUCAGCUCCAAAUCCUUAAAGCUAUAAUUUUGAAAAAUGUUUCAUAGGCAGUGAAGAGAAUUGAUAUGUAAUUUCCUAGAGUGAUAGGUUUAACUCUUUCUUCACUUUUUUUUCUCACAGUCACAGGAUAACGAGACACUGGUGUUCUCAAAGAUUAUUUCCCUUGCAAGUAAGUUGUUUCUUGAGUGAUAAAAAGUCUUCAGAGAAGAGCCAAGAAGCUACUUAUGUCUUGUCAUUUAACCCUUUAACUCCCAAGAUCUGACUGUUAAUUCUCCCCUCCACCUGCUACACAUUUCCUUGUAAAUCAGUUAUGAUAAUUUAUUGCUAGAUCACGAUAACAACUUCUACUUGAUGAGUUGGAGUUUUCUCAAUACCUGUUUGCAGGAUAAUGCGUGGAUAUUAUAGGUAAAGGGUUAAGGAACAUACAACUAUCUGUUGGGUUAUUUUUGUGUUCUAAGUAUAUUUUUUUCUAACAGAAGUCGUGAUCUGUAUUCCUCAAAUUAGGAGCUUUCCCAGAUGCUUUUAAGUUUCAAGAAAAUCUAAAAAAACUGCGUGGAAUGAUUAAAGAACCUUCCUUGAGAGAACUACUGAAGACAUGUGUUAACCCGAAUGUUGGGUGUUCAAACGUUUUCAAGGCGGUGGUAAGUACAUUUAAUAGAGUCGAACCGGUUAAAGUUACUCCAUCAAAAGGGUCUUAACAGCAGGAACACUAGCAUAAGAUACCAAUGAUUGGGUGACCUGUGUUGGCUGGUCAUGUGAUUAACAAGGAGUUACAUUUUCGUACAGUUUUUAAUUUUUGGUAACAAGUAAUGAAUUAUUCUUGUUACUUAUUUAUUUGCGAAAUUUCGAGGCUAACAGAGUUACACAUGGAAACAUUACAAUGCACCGUUGUUACUACUAGUGGAUUUGUGAAGCAUAGGUCAAUGUUCCCCAACUUUUCAUCUAAUACAUUUUUUGGCUAAUGUAUAUGUCAUCUUGUCCAGUUUCAUUUUGCUUCUCGUUUCUCUUUGGCAGAGUGACGUUGUCGUUAGGCUUGGGUCCAAGCAUCCUGUGUUAGAGACACUCAAAGCACUCCUUGAUCGUGCCGCUCCUCUUCUUGUGGAUGAACAGUGCAUCAAAGCGCUGUUCAAGUUGGUGAAAGAUGCCAUUGAAGGGCUUGCUGAUGAUGAGGAUGAUGAGUAUGAGUGGCACGAAAGCUCUGGAAUAAAACCUGUCGGGAAAAAGGGACUGGCACUGUUAUUGGUGAGACGAGUGGUUUUCUGAACACAGUGGUCAAACGUCAUAUGCGAACGUUGUAAUUUUUAAUCUGUGUUAGAGACAAACUCAAGCGAAGGGUUAAAUCAUCAGAUAACCCGUAAUUUAAUGAGCUUCUUGUUCGAAAAGUCUCGAUUUUUGCUUUUCUUUAGUUUUGUUCCUUUUACAAAUUUCUACGAGUUUUUAAUUUUUUUCGCGCGAAUUUGCGUAACAGCGGUCGUUUCUUAUGUUUUCCGUUGAAAUUUUGCGCGGGAAAUUGACGCGCGGCUGCCUACUUGCACGUGUUUGACGUUUGACUGCUCUUAUAUAUAACGUUGAACUCUUUUUUCCCCAAGAGUGACAAGCAUCUAUCUUCUCCUAACUAAAUCAACCCUGAAUCACGCAUGAAGGUCACAAGAAUAAAGGAAAUGAUCACCAACUGCAAAAGCACUAGAUUGGUAAACAAAUUCUCCUCGUCAGCACUCUAGGAAAUUCAUUGAGAACAGUAUGGAGAAUAUACAUACUGAUGUUAGGCUGUAAAAGGGUAAGCAUGGGAGACAGCGGCCUGACAGGAAGCGCCCUGCACACCAGGGCUCAGUUGUUGGACGGCUGACUGGCGCUAACCCAAGGUUAAAUUUUAUUCCGAAUUUCUUUAAUUCCUUUGUUCAGAAGCCUGUUUGGGAUAAAUAUCUCUAUUUUCUUUAGAGCAUGUAGUCACAACAUUGCAGACAAAUAAAAUUACGCUGGAUCUCUUUUCUGAAGUUUUGAGAUCUGAAAUCAAAUUUCACGCUAAUCCUGGGUUAUCUUAACCCAGCUUUGAACAACUCGGCCCAGGUCGUUAGGUCACUGUUUCUCCCACGCUUAACCCGUUACUCCGUAACAUCAGUAUGCAUAUUCUCCAUACUGUUCUCUCUCUAUCCUAAGGUACUGACGAAGAGAAUUUGUUUGACAAUCAAGAGCUCUUUUAGUUGGUGAUUAUUUACUUUAUUUUCGCAACCUUAAUGUGUGAUUAAGGGGUGUCAUUGUAAGGAGAAAUUAGCUGUAAGUCACUCUCUGGAAUCAAAGGGUUAUGUAUGGACAGUCAAAGCUUAAAUUUCACGGAAUCUUUUUCAGGGUCUGGCUGGUGUAUUUCCUUCCCAGUUUCAAAAUGACGACACUUUUCAACAGCUGCUGGUUUUCCUGAAAAACAAAGAUCAAGAAAUAGUCGAUCAUUCACUAAAGAUGCUGGCCUUGACUGGAGAUGGAAUUGAAAAAGUCAACAAGUCAUUGGCCAAUUAUUAUCAUCCAGUCUUGUCCAAAUUAGCAUUAAAGGGAACUCCUUGCCAAGCCAAGCACUCGCUGAGAUCCAUUGCAAAGAUUUCUGCUGCUUCUUCACAGCCGUUUGAUCGUGUCUUUACAGUAAGUGUUUUUAAAAAGAGUCUACAUGUACCUCAAAAUGUCAUUGUGUUUCAGAUUCGCUGAUGUCUCCAUCUCAAUCUUAAUUGGCUUGAGGCAUGCAGCUUUUUUUGUGAUGGUGUGCCCACAGAUAUCAGUAUUUAUGCAUGAUGAGGCAAAAAGAAAGCCGCUUGUUUUUUCACAAAUAACGCGUAAGAUAAUGAGCGUUUAAAAAAAUGUACUGCUAAUUUUUUCGCAAAUCAUGCGCCAAAGGAGGAGCGCGAUAAAAUAUCCCUUCUUUUUUUUCACGAGUUACGCGCAAGAUGAUGAGCGUGAAAAAUGAACUGCGGAGCACGAGCGAAAAAUGUGCCACGCUAUUUUUUUAACGCGAGUCACGUACUAGCACGAGUUCCGUAUGGGGAAAAAGACUGUGCCCUAGGGUUUGAGUACUUUGAUGGUACAACUAGCUCUACAGGACUCGAACUUAUAUUUCUCUUCAAGCCCUUUAUUAGAUGCAGAUUGACAUUACAGUUUGUCAAAUUAUAAUUUCAAUUUUAUCGCAGAAUCUUGUCAGUUCCUUGAGCUACGAUUGUCCUCUGUUACUGACCACACUGACAGCUCUUGGUGAGAUCGCACUUUUAGCGCCAUCUCUGUUCGAGACACAAAGGCCAGCCAUUGUUAGAGAUUUUGUCGUUAAGGAACUCUUGAUGAAAGACAGGGGGGAGACGGCAGAUUCGAAUGAAAGUGAAGGGGAGUGGUGUGAAGACAGGGAUGUUACUCAAGAAACGCAAACGAAGAUCAAAGGUAUACGUCUGCUUGUGAAGUGGCUGCGUGGCCGGCAGGGAAACCACAAGUCGUCCGUUCAGCCUGUGCUUAGAUUGUUGGACAGUAUGCUCACCCAUAAAGGAGACCUACAACAGCAGGGAUGUGUGAAGUAAGUAUGUGGAAAAUAUUUGGAAAUUUUAUCGUUCGAACCAAAUAUUCAUGGUAGAACAGUGGCCUAACGUUGAACAUGCGCAAGAAUAUAAAUUUUGACCGGUCGCACGCCAAUUUUCCGCAUAAAAUUGGAAGGCAUAGGAAACAAUCACGCAAAAUUUGCUGGCAGAACUCUAUAUUUUUGUUUAAGCCUCUGUAUCAAUUUAAAUAAACUCAUUGUUCUUGUUCUCUUACUGCUGUCUGAAGAGCUGCUGAUUGUUCAAGACUUCGACUGGCAGCGGCCUGUGGUAUGAUCAAGAUUGCACAGGAACCCCAUUACAUUGAAUACAUAACCUUGGAAAAUUUUCAGCGGCUCUCGUUGGUAAUGCAGGUAAAAUUUGAAUGUAUGGAUUGAGAUCGGAGACGUUCAUCUGAGUGAUUAAUGCUGCAAGGUAGAUAUUGUUGUUGUGCAGAAUGAGAAGAGGGGUUAUGCAAUUUCAACAUGAAGCUUGUGGGAACAAUAACUCUAGAUAAUUUUGUGAUGGGUGAAAGGCAUACAUUAUGCACCAGUCAUUACUUGUCCCCUGGGGGUGGGGGGGCCCCGGGGGAUUUCGGGUGCAGUCUCGUGGUUUUUAUGGGGAGCGGAGUGGGUAUCAGUCGUCGUUAACGCAGUAUAAAGUUUUUAAUCUGAAAACCAUUGAAAAAUAGUUUAAAAAAAUAGUCCAACAGCGAUGGUUGAUCCAAACAAUGUUGGAAUUAAACGGGACUUGAUUCUACUCUAUGAAAACUAACCUUGAUGCUUUUGCCGGUGGUUGUGAUUGAAUUGUUUGCCUGAGGGCGAAGAAAAAUGAUCCAUUUUCAUGUGUCAUUUUGUGCUUUUUUUUGUUGAAGGACCCUUGCUAUGAGGUGCGUGACAAGUUCACCAAGAAGCUUCACAAGGCUGAAGAUGUACUAAAACUUCCUCUGGAAUAUCUGGGGAUAUUUGCGCUGGCAGCACCUGAACCUGUUAAGGAAAGGAAAACACAGGUAAUUAUUAAAGAGUUCAACACUUUGAAAAGAUGAAAACGAGGACUCGGCUGACAGACGUUUGUGGAAUUCGGGUAAAUAUCAAGGCUUAAAAGAGUCUAACGUUUGUUGCAUUGGACUUACUUUUCAGGUUAGACAAAUGAUUACUAAGAACGUCAAGACACGACGAGAUUACUUGAAACAACAUUCAGCGGCACAAGGUAAGAAGAACAGACAACACUACGUUAAAAUCAUUAUUUGUAGCUUAAUUAUUUUAUGGUUGUUGUUGUUGUUGUUGUCUUUUAGAAUGUUCUCAUUCUAUUCUUCCGGAGUAUGCUCUGCCGUGUGUUAUCCAUAUGCUGGCCCAUCACCCAGACUUCAAACAAGAUGAUCACGAGACACUAGUGCAAUUCAAAGAGUAAGAUUGAGUUAUGAUUUUCUUAUGCCUACGGGUGAAUUUUUAGUGCAACUUCUGUUGCCGUUGGGGAUUUAUUUCGGUCACAUUUUAAGUCAAAAUUCUGCACUUUUUUGAAAAACAUUACAUCAUGGGUUGUACAGGAGGAAAAAAUACAGUUAAUUGUGUAAUAAGAUUCCAGAAAUGCAUGCAGUAACAAAAAUUCGUUGAAAUCUUCAAAUCCGCCAAGCUGACUUCACUUUGACGAUUAUGACUGAAAUUCGCCAAAAUCAUCAAAUCUAUGAACAUUCACUCGGUUUGACGAAAUGUCGUCAAAUCUGCCAUUUACAGUACUGCGUGCAUUUCUGGACAUAAGUGUAUGAUUUUCCGGGUAAGAAUAGCCCGGAAAACGUUGCUGUCGCCGUCUUAAUAGCUCGUUUGUGGCACCCUCUCAAUUUGGCAUCCUAUAAUUGUAACAACAUGCGUAGAAAGCUCCAGGGAAUUAUGCCCGGGGCGUUCUCAUGGGCUCCUUGUGACAUUUUCCUUUGUUCUGAUGGAUUGUUGUGAUUACUUUGGUUUUGGUCUUACGUCACUCAAUCAAAAAGCACUCUUCUUUGAAACUCGGUUAGAAAUUGCCCUUUUUCUUUUCCUUUUCCCUAAGUUAUCUUUGGUUCUUCAUGGAGCCGAUUAUGGCCAAAGCUGAUAACUACAGCUUCCUGAAGAAGCUUGUUGAAAACGUCAAAGAAACCAAAGACGCGCAAGCACCAGACGAUGAAGAAGUAAACAAGGUAAACACGCAAAUGUGAUCUACCAGCGAUAUAUUACCAGCAACAAGAAAAAUUUGUAACGAUUUCCUUUGUUGGUAAGGGACGGGUCAUUACCGCCUGACUGGGGGGAGGAAGGAGAGGGGUGUUUGGAGGAUUUGAUUGUGUCGAGAUAAAAUUCACUUGAUCCCUUCUUAAGACUCUGAUAUGGUCCCUGUUGUUAACUAUAGCGUUUUACACUCUGUUGGCGACGACUGUUCCUUCUAAAGAACCAGCGACCCCCCCAAAAAAAAAAAAAAAAAAACAAAAAAAGUGUAAAAAAGAAAAAAUCCUGCCUACUUAAGGGAAUAAAAUAUGAUUGGUCCUGUAGUGUUUUUCUUGUGGCUGGUUCUCAGAAGAACACAAAACAGCGGGGACGGAAUUACAUAUCUUGAGGAUUGUUGCAAUGAGAAAAGUAUGAUUUUUGUGCCUUCUAACAUUUAGUAAUUUUUUUACCAGAAUCUUUACACAGUUUGUGAUCUUGCUCUGGGACUGAUCCUAAACAAGGUAGCUGUCUGACUCUGUAAUUUUACUUGUUCCUCGUCGCAGUUCAUUUUCUUUUUCUGUUCUUUCUGUUUCCCAUUGCGUCGCAUACUUUUGACGUCCCGUGUCGAUGGCUUUUACAUAAAAUCCAACACGUUGCAGUGAACUUUAAACUGUAUUAAUUUUUGUCAAUGUUUGUUUUUUUCACUAGGUCCACACUUUUGUUCUAAAAGAAUUUCCCGGAAAUCUUGUUUUGCCAAAAAGGUUCUUUGUACCUUCCGAGGUGAGGGCUUGAACAUCUUACCUCUGCUAACGAUGUAAACGCUUUAAAAAGAUGGUAGCUAACGCGAAUAAGGUGUCAAGGGACUCAUUCAGAAAUGUAUUCUGUUCACAUCCACUUGUGGUGCGCUUUUCUUGACGACUCUGAAAAUGGUAAAGGUCACGCAAUGGCGCUACCAAGAAGGAGCGUUGCGUUAUGUACUUUUAUGUCACCAGCGUCACACAACGGAUUCAGUUUCAAUAAGUGUUUUGUGACAGAUUUGAGAAGCACCUUAUGCUUUUUAUGAUGACACGAUUUUUGAAGUACAGGAGUCUGAUAAUUUUUCAGGCAAUUUUUAUAAUGCUUUCUUGAUGUCUGAAUACAUUUUUAUCAUGAAAUCUUUGGUUUUUUGGGGGAAUAGAAACUUUUCUCUUUUUCCGUACGAAUAACCUUUAUGUUACGUUUGCAGGGAGGUGGUCCGAACACUAAAAAUUACUUACCGAAAGGAUUCCAAUUCACAACUGCAAAGGUAUUUGUGGUGCAGCUUUCCUUGAUUAAACCUUAGCAUGACGUCUGAGGGCGUUUACGUGAGAUGCUGCUGUCUGUGUUAAAUGUAAAGAUCAGUUGCAAAUGUCACCGAUCCCUGAAGCCAACUGAUAGUCAUAAUGGAGGUGGUAAAAGCGCUAAACAAAACAGUUUUAGUUACCCUUAUUUACCGUGAAAAUCGGAAAUUAAGGCAAGAGGCGAAGCACACUCGUGCACAUCGCUGUUCCAUCGCGCUUGAUCAACAAAAUCGUCUUUACGGAACGUUCACGUUGCUGAAUCUAACAGCAGACGAAGAUCACUUGAGUACUUUCCUCUGCGAAUUUAUUUUUAAACCGCAAUAAUUCGAAGAAGGGAAGUGAUGUUUGUGUAGGGAAGUCCCGUGUGAGCUUUUCUAAAUGCCUUCCGCGCGAAAGUAAAGACGUCAUGCAUGCUUUAAAAAUGUCCGACGUGACAGCUAUUACGACACUUAGUGGGCAUCCCACGUAAUUAGUAAAUUUUAAGUCAACGUAAGCAACGUGUGGCGUUCUAAUGAGAAGGAACUUGAUUUAAAGAGUAUUAACUGUUUAUCAUGACUCGUCAUUUAGGGACAAAAGAAGGGAAGCGCAGUUGAGUCGAAGUUGACGCCAUCAAAGUCAUCAUCCAAAACCUCCGCCAAGAGUGACAAGAAAACACCAGUGAAAUCUCAAAGCAAGUAAGGAUGAACUCAAUUUGGUUUCCCCAUUCGCUCUGACGAAGGGCUAACGCUCGAAGCGUCAGCUUUGAAACUCUUCCCCUUACGUUAUCAACUCAGUUGAUAAUACGAAAUUACACUGUUAUACUCUCCCACCGACGCAGCACCACAGUUUCUUUAGAAACUUACCCCCUGAAUUGGUCUGACUUCACUCUUAGGAGAUACUGGGGCUGUCUACGAAUCCUGUUUGGGAUAAUUUUGUUGUGUGCCUGAGUAGGACAGUCUCCUUUAUCAGUACACCGACCCUCUCGACCCCAGGAGUAUAUAUGGGUUCCGGCCAACUGCCAGGAACGCCUGAAAAAAUUGGGGGAUCAGAAGUGGAGAGGGGUAACCUGCGAUAAACUGGCAUCCAAGGGGGCGGGGGAGGGGGAGUAACAUUAUCCCUAGUCACUUAAUGUUCGGGAAACCGAGAGUGAGGGAUAAGCUUUUGAUUCGUAUGAAGAAAGUGUUGGCACGGCCCACGAAAAGAUUGUGCGAAUAUUUAUUUGCCGUGAAAAGCUAGAAUUAUUUUUUAUUGUUUAUUCAGAACUUCGAAGAGUCCGAGAAGUACUUCAAAGGAGAAAGGGAAGGAGAGUCAGGCGGACAGAGAAGAAUCUUCCUCAGAGACUUCUGAAAGUGGGUUUGCUAGUCCCCCUGAGGAGCAAACAUCUGUGAGGUUAGAAAAGAAUUUUUAAAAAAAAUAGGUAAUGAAUACAACAUCAAUCCUUUUUCAAGUCCUCUGGGCAACUUCUAUACAAUCUAGAAUCAUCCUCGGCCACUAAUUUCGAGGCUAGAAUUCGACUCUGCAAUUGUAAAAAAUUCGAUGUGAAACUUCCCUCGGACUUAUUUGUGUUUAAGUACUUCUAAAAAAAACUUCUCCUUAAGCCCGACUGAAAAUCCCAAAAUUUUCCCGGAAGAGCGUUUCGUUCUCUGAAUUUUUUCUCUUUUUUUCUCCAUUUAAAUGGGCGGUUUGUUCACCUUGAAAAUGUUAGUUUUGAAUUUUUAGUCAAAUAACAAAAAUCACGCCGCUAUGCUUUUUUUUUUGUUAUUUAAACAUAUUUUGCUAGGAAAAGAGGAAGACCAGCUAAUUCUUCAGAGAAAUCCGCUCGAAAGAAAUCAAGGAAAACUUCCCCAGACAAGGAUACCAAGGGAGAAAAGAAGACUUCGGCAAAACAAUUGAACAUGUCAGAUAAACGUAAAAAUUCUCGACAAAAAAAUGCUUCUCCGCCGGAAAGUCCACGCUCAACAGAAAAGUCAUCUUCGACAACCAAGUCAUCACCAAGGUGCGUGAUCUUGUUUUCUCGUUUUGCUUGUGUGGUGUGUCAACAGUUCUCCCGUAGGGUUAUCGAGAAGAAAAAUGGCUGUGAAUGGAGGAAGUGUUAUUCGUAGUGGUUUUGUUGGUGAUCUUGGUGUCAAAUCCAUUUGGUGAAUUUGUCGUUUUAUUUGAAGCCUUGCCAUGCUUUACAUUGAAGAACAAGCAAAGAACUUAAAACACCUUGGAAAAUUAUAUUUCGAAAAAAUAAAAUUAGUGUUCGAUAUGGCCCAGCGCAGCUUACACCACCAAUUAAAAUAAAAAAAAGUCCGUUCUAGACAACAGCUGUAGGUUUUGAUGUCUUUUGUCUUUUUUUCAAUCGAACAGUCCCCGAAGAGGACGAGCCGCCAAGAGACUAGUGUCUGAAUUAGAUGCUUUACCCGAAGAUGAGCCAACGCAGGACAGCGGUACCUCCAGUUUGGAGUCGCCGAAGAAGCCACUUAGUACAAGGUAGAAUGUGAAGGUCACUAGGCCAACGUGUGUCCCAUCACAGAGUAAAUGAUACGGCUCAUCAGAGCCACUAAAGCUCAGAAUUUCUUUUUCUUCUUUAUGUGCAGACAAAUAUCACAGCAGAGUUCCAGGACGAAAUCACGAAAUGAAGUAAACGGGGUGGUAAGUAUACAUUAAAUUCAUCGUGAAAGUAUUUUAUCCUUUUUUGUUAGGGACGUUCCUUCUGUUCCUCGCAGUAACGAUUCUGUAGGUAAAAUUUAAGGAUUUAAAUCCUGUUAAGUGUAACCUCAGACACUGGUUGUCUAAUGCUGACAAAUUUAGCGUUAUCACUCGUCGAGAGGUGCUGGUUUUUCUCUUUGCUAACUUAAUCUCUUCGUGAUUUUACAGACAGAUAAGAGCCCAUCUAAAGUCAAAAGAAAGGUGCGUCUUCUUUGACUAUUUGGUUGUAUAACCUUUUGUUUGUCACAAAUGUUUUAAAAUUUACUCCAUGUUAUUAAAAAAUGGUUUUUCACACAGAAGGACACCGAGGAAUCAAAUUCCAGUCCAGUUAAAAAGAGCAAAGAAUCAGCGUCUCCGCCAACCAAGCGAAAAGAGCCUACUUUAGUUGUAAGUUUUGUUCUUCAACAAAUACUGCAUAGUUGUUGGUUUUUUUUCUCUUACAGUUAACUUCAAAAUGAAUUGUUUUAAUGUGGAGUUAUCAUUUUUUAUCCUUUUCAGGUCAAAAGAAAGAUCAGUAAGAGAAGAUAAAAUUAAAUAACCAAUCGUAAACUAUUUCGUUGUAAAUAGACAUCAAUUCGAGGAUCUUCCGAGUUCAGUUCAUCUUCACUUCCAUUGUACAGCCAUCGAUGUUUCACCACAAGGCUCUUCAGGGCAGAGCAUAACGCAACUUUAAUUACCGAACAAGCAGAGUACUCAAAUUUUGUUGAAGUUAUUGAAACAAAGUGUCCGUUAGGAGACCUGAUUAUAAACCUGGGAUGAACUGAGCUAGGUGAUAACCUCAAUCAGUGACAUGUCCAUGCAAAACGCCUGAUCUUCGGCUCAUUGAGGUGUUCUGGCUAUGCUUUGUUUUCCUUGCGACGAAUUCGUUCAGCGCUUUCAUUGGUCCAUUUGAUUCGGAAAUUUUCGGCACUUGGCUAGAUGGUUACUUUGUGACAUGCUGGUUUGGACAUGGACGUAUGACCUGGAAAACGAGAAACCAUACGGCGAAGAACUUGGAGCCAAACAUCGGGAUUUGUCCAUACUCCUUCGGCAUGACGCGCCAUUCGUCGAAGAAAGUCCAUCGGCCAAUUCUUAGCAGUGAAAGGAGCGUUUCUUUGAAGCGGCUGAAGAAGGGAGCAUGAAAUGAAUGGAAAGAGAGAUUUUCUCAGUUCUUUUUGACAGUUUUAUCACGAACAUUGUUCGGCAUUUAUCUUUCAUCCGGUAGUUAAUUAUAUCCAUUCGCUACACAUCAGCGUUCUGAAUACUAUUUGACAGUGCGCAGUUGUAUUUCAUGGCAAGCUACCACUACACAUUAUUAUGUUGCCAUAGGAAUGGGUUGGCUUUUGUGCUGACACCUAAGCAACCGUCUUCAAAAGAGUUAGGAAUAGUGAAGAUUAUUAGUAAAUACCUUAUUUCGGCUUGGAAACCUACUCGUGAAUUUAUAUUUUGCCCGUUCAAAAGAUUUAAUCUCUGAACGUCAGGAGGAAAUCUGUGAAGUAUAGAUCACAUAUCCAUAUUUAGGUCAAUCAGAUUGAAGAUUAUGAGGCUUUACUUCGAGAGCAUUUCUAAUGAGACUCGAAUUAUCUCAGAGGUUGUCCUAGCCCCAUAAACUAGAAAGAGGUUGCUCGGACGUAUGUUUUAUAAGUGCAUUUGUACUGUUCCAACACCCUAUGACUUAGCACAGUGUGAAAUAGCCUUAGUUAGAAUUUGCGUAAUUUUCGCCUUGGCUUAAACCUCGAAAAUCUGAUUUUAUCCUUUGAUUAACUCGAGAUUUUACCGAUAUUUAUGCAGUGUACCUUUCAGUGAGUUGUAAGAUGUGUAACUUUAUGCCUAAUUAAAGGAAUUUUAAAAGUG